CAAGGGCUAGUGAAUUCGGCGGUGGGAAAAUUCAUCGUGUUGUGUGAUAACGGUAAAAAUAACGGUACCAAAUCACGAGAACAACUUAAAGCCAAAAAGUUAAUUUUACUGCUAUUCGUUUGGAUCGUUAGAAGAGGAGAGAAGGAAAGGAGAUAUAUUAAAUAGUCCAAAAUGGCAGGCAAGAACGAUAAAACCGGUAAAGUACUGACAAUGGAAACUUUAAACCCAAAUAUCAAAAUUAUGCAAUAUGCAGUUAGGGGUCCCAUAGUAGCAAGGGCAACCCAGCUAGAGAAAGAACUUGAAAAAGGUGCUAAAAAACAUUUUGAAAAAGUGGUAAGAGCAAAUAUAGGAGACUGCCAUGCAACAGGCCAAAAGCCCAUGACAUUUAUCAGACAAGUUGUAGCAUUGUGUACCUACCCAGAUCUGCUGAUGAAAAACCCUGAUUUUCCUGCAGAUGCCAAAGAACAUGCAAAAAAGCUGCUGGCUGGCUGUAAAGGUGGUAGUAUAGGUUCGUAUAGUGCUAGUUCAGGCAUUGAUGUGAUUCGAAAAGACAUUGCUGCGUAUAUUACAAACCGCGAUGGACAUCCAUCAGACCCAGAAGAUAUCCAUUUAUCAACGGGAGCCAGUGAUGGAAUAAAGUCGAUUUUGAGUUUAGUUUUGACAGGCAAGUUGGGUAAGGAUCGGGCUGGAAUAAUGAUACCUGUUCCACAGUACCCACUGUACACUGCUGCUAUUGCCGAAUUUAAUGCAUUUGCCAUACCAUAUUACUUGGAUGAAGAUAACCAUUGGGGUCUUGAUUUAAAAGAACUAAAGAGAGCGAUAGAUACAGCUCGACCAGAGUGCAAACCACGAGCGAUUGUUGUAAUCAACCCUGGAAACCCAACCGGACAAGUUCUCACACGUGAAAACAUCGAAGGCAUUAUCAAGUUUGCCAAACAGGAAAGGCUGUUUAUUCUAGCCGACGAAGUUUAUCAACACAAUGUCUAUGCAGCUGGCAGCAAAUUCUUCUCUUUCAAGAAAAUCUUGAUGGAACUUGGUGCUGGUUAUAACAACAUGGAACUUGCAUCAUUUAUGUCGGCUUCUAAAGGUUUCAUGGGUGAAUGUGGCUAUCGGGGCGGGUAUUGUGAAGUGUUGAAUUUGGACCCAGAUGUAAAACUUCAGUAUCUGAAGAGUAUAUCUGCCAAGCUUUGUCCUCCCAUCUCAGGCCAAAUAGUCAUUGAUGUCGUGGUCAGUCCCCCCAAACCUGAUGACCCUUCCUACAAGCUUUUCCAGGAAGAGAAGACAGAAGUUCUAUCCCAACUUGCGAAAAAAGCUGCCCUGGUUACGAAAACAUUCAACUCUAUUGAAGGAGUAAAGUGUAAUGAGGUCCAGGGAGCAAUGUAUGCAUUUCCACGAAUCUUUUUACCCGAGAAAGCUAUACAGGCAGCCAAAGAAAAAAAUCAAAGUCCAGACUCUUUCUACUGUUUUCAGCUGUUGGAGGAAACUGGGAUCUGCACAGUGCCUGGGAGCGGGUUCGGAGAGAAACCCGGGACGUAUCAUUUCCGAACAACCAUUUUGCCACCGUUAGCAGAGAUUGAGAAACUCCUGAAAACAUUCUCAGAGUUUCAUUUGAAAUUCAUGAAGCAGUACAAAUAAAGCUCACCGAAGAUGAGUUGGAUCAGGACUGUAUACCAUGUAUACUCGCACUCAGAGGUUUAGCUCCUACACAGCAUCGGGCUACUUGCAUAUGUACAGUACUUGUUUUAGAAAUAACUGGAGUGUGAUACAGUAAACGGAAAUUAUGUAGGUGUGGGUGUGUGCAUGCAUGUGUGCACAAUGUCUUUAUACAUACAGGUAGUUACAAGUAUAAUCAGUCUAGUGCUAUUUUUAAGUAAACCAAGUUAGUUUUUUUAGGUUUUUUAAGGUAAUACUUGGAGUCUAUUUCACUUAACUUAAACUUAAACGUGCAAAACUAUGUUUAUGAUGUUUAGUGAAAUAGGCUCCUGUUAUCUAUUUUUUUAUCACAUGUAAACUCAAUCUAGUGCUAUUAUCAUUAAAUUAAACAAAGUCUAGUGCUAUUUUUGUUAAUUUAUCUUAUAAAUUUAACACUAGUCUGAAAAUGUGUUUUCGGUUACCAUUUUCCUGUCUCCUUUUGUUCUGUUCUGUGACUUUCUUGCUUUCCAUCUCUUCAUCCCUGUCCUUGUCCAACCAACUACUACAGGUGCAGGGUUCCAGCUGCCGUUCGCCAUUGUUGCCAAUUGGCGAAUUAUCACAAAUUUGGCUAUAAUCUGGUCAAUCAGGCGAUACAAAAUGGCGAUUUUUUUUUUUUUCAACCAAUGUUUCCCGAAAUUCGGAUUAUCUUAUUUUCCUAAUAUAUAUAUAUUAUAUAUAUAUAUUUAAUGUCGCCGCCAUUCCAAAGAAAAUAUACGCGCGAAACCCUUGCCCUUAAUAAAAUAAAAUGUGGAUGCAGUGAAUCGUGAACCAAUCAAAUCGUUAACGAUUCCUCACGAAUAAAAUCUACAUACAGGGCUCUGUUCGAUCGAGUACUUCAUUCGUAUGAAUAUAUUUAUUUCAGUUUGCGUAAGCUCGGUAUAACCUAUUAAAACGCCAGAUAUGCGGGUCCACAAUGUUUUAUUUAAGUUUCACACCGAAUUAUAUUCUUAUGUUUUAUCUACCAAGAUCAUUUGCAUUUUGUAUCAUUGUUUAGGUUUAAUUUUAAAACAUUGUUCUAGUAAAUCAAACGCUCGUUCAAAUGCGAUCUUUAAUCACAGUUAUCACGUGGUGACGCUAAGCGGGACCGGGUUGUUUUUAUUUCACAAUUAUAGUUUGUUAACAAUCUGAAUGGGCCAUUUAAAAAGCAGUUCAAGAAAACCUGAAAAAAAUCACAAAUGUAUUGCUCACUAGGACAACAGUGGAAGAGUAACAUUAAAGGCAUAAUGCCCAAGACAUAUUUUACCGUGCUUGUGCCAGUAAUGCUAUCUGUAACAUGUCUGGUUAAUAGUGUAUGAUUUUAUUAUUAAAAUUAACAUUUACGUAUAUCUUAUUGCUUUCAAUAUCAAUAUAUUGUUUUAUGCCUUUAUAAACUCAUAGCAAUCACCAGAAAAAGUCUGUACUCCAUUUCCACCUUAAGUGUACUUUCAUCCUAAUACCGAUUAUAACUUUUAUUUUAAGAUCAUUACUGAACUCUGGGGGAAAAAAAUUUGAACAUUAAAUACUCAAUUUUAACAGUCAUCCACACACCAUGUCACAUAAUUAUAUUCUUUGAGUGUAAUGAAACUAAACAUUUAUGGGGAAGCAUUGUGAGACUGGAUAUUAAUUAGGAUAGGAAAUUUAAUUAAUUUGAAAAAUAUUGUAGUAAUAGAAAUAUUGUAGUAUUAGAAUUUAUGAAUGAAUAAACACAUUGAAUGUAUUGAAAUACACUUACUUUGAUAGCAGAUAGUAUCCAUGUCUGCUCUUUGUUCCAGUAUCAGCUGCUGUUGUUUUGAGAUCUUCUAGCAUUGUGAAAUAUGCAUCUUUUGGAAUUAACACUUUUUUACAAACUUCAUACUUUUUGUAAAGCUCAGUUUUAAAUUUAUCUUCAUAGGACUCUGACAUCAUGCACUGGUUACAACAGAAGAACUUAUGAUUGAUUGAUUUCAACUUAUUUUCGUGCUUAUAUCCAAUUAAGGUUCAAGCACACUGUCUUGGGCACACACCUCAGCUAUCUGGGCUGCCUGUCCAGGACAGUGGGUUAGUUGUUAGUUG